CAAGUUUUCUGAAACACUUUCUGGCGUCGUACUUUUUCUUUACCGCAGCAGAAUCGGCGGCAGCAGAGUAAGGCGCUGUGCUUGGCAUUAGCGAUCAAGUAAGGAAACAAGUAAGAAGGCAACGGACAAAGCAUCGGCAACGAAUUAAACCAAGACAAGAGAGGGUUUUUUACUGUCACGCCUAGGACCUGGAGUCAGAAUCCAAGCCACCUUGAAGUGCGCCAAAUAAAAGAAAGGCAGGCAAUCUAGUAACUCAUACCCGGCCCAGCGUCACAGGCACACACGAUAUGUUCAUUUGAUGAAGAGGCAUCAUAACUUUUGGUUCUUUUGGGAUUUAUCAGAACCCUUUUGUCACUGGUGGAUAUUUUGGUCUCUUUGACCCACCCCCCUUUUUAUUUACUUUUGGGGGGGUGCAUUAGUACUUGCAUCUUAAAACACUGAUCCUAAUGGAGGAUUAAUUUUGUUUUUUGAUUUUACUUAACAUAAAGAAACAUUUGCAGGAAGCAAUUUGAUUAUUAACACCUUAAAAAUGUCAUCUGGCCGAGGUCAGAAUCCUCAUGGACUUAAACAAAUUGGUCUUGAUCAAAUCUGGGAUGACCUUCGUGCAGGAAUACAACAAGUCUAUACUCGACAGAGCAUGGCAAAGUCACGAUAUAUGGAACUCUACACCCAUGUUUAUAACUACUGUACCAGCGUUCACCAGUCAAACCAGGCUCGAGGUGCUGGAGUCCCUUCUUCAAAGCCUUCCAAGAAGACACAGACCCCAGGAGGAGCACAGUUUGUUGGACUGGAACUUUAUAAAAGGCUAAAAGAAUUUCUUAAAAACUACUUGACAAAUCUACUGAAGGAUGGAGAAGACCUGAUGGAUGAAAGUGUACUCAAGUUCUACACGCAACAAUGGGAAGAUUACAGGUUUUCAAGCAAAGUAUUAAAUGGUAUCUGUGCCUACCUCAAUCGACACUGGGUUCGUCGGGAGUGUGAUGAAGGACGCAAAGGAAUUUAUGAAAUAUAUUCACUUGCCUUGGUGACAUGGAGGGAAUGCUUAUUUCGGCCAUUAAACAAGCAAGUCACAAAUGCUGUUUUGAAAUUAAUUGAAAAAGAAAGGAAUGGAGAAACUAUAAAUACAAGAUUGAUUAGUGGUGUUGUCCAGUCUUAUGUUGAACUUGGUCUAAAUGAGGAUGAUGCUUUUGCUAAGGGACCUACAUUAUCUGUCUACAAAGAAUAUUUUGAAUCUCAGUUCUUGGCAGACACAGAGCGGUUUUACACAAGGGAAAGUACGGAGUUCCUGCAGCAAAACCCUGUUACGGAAUAUAUGAAAAAAGCAGAGGCUCGAUUACUAGAAGAACAACGUAGAGUUCAGGUUUACCUACAUGAAAGCACGCAAGAUGAGCUGGCACGGAAAUGUGAACAAGUGUUGAUCGAGAAGCAUCUGGAAAUAUUUCACACUGAGUUUCAGAAUUUGCUAGAUGCAGAUAAAAAUGAAGAUUUGGGCCGAAUGUACAAUCUUGUCUCCAGAAUUACAGAUGGAUUAGGGGAACUGAAGAAACUUCUUGAAACACAUAUUCACAACCAGGGACUAGCUGCUAUUGAGAAGUGUGGUGAAGCUGCUCUCAAUGAUCCCAAGAUGUAUGUACAGACCAUUUUGGAUGUUCAUAAAAAAUAUAAUGCCCUAGUAAUGUCUGCUUUUAAUAAUGAUGCUGGCUUUGUAGCUGCUCUUGAUAAGGCUUGUGGUAGAUUCAUCAACAAUAACGCAGUAACAAAAAUGGCUCAGUCAUCAAGUAAAUCUCCAGAGCUUUUAGCAAGAUACUGUGACUCUCUCUUGAAAAAAAGUUCGAAGAAUCCAGAAGAAGCAGAGUUAGAGGACACCUUAAAUCAAGUGAUGGUUGUAUUUAAGUAUAUUGAAGACAAAGACGUCUUUCAGAAGUUUUAUGCCAAGAUGUUAGCAAAAAGAUUAGUGCAUCAGAACAGUGCUAGUGAUGAUGCAGAGGCCAGUAUGAUUUCCAAGCUAAAGCAAGCAUGUGGAUUUGAAUAUACUUCUAAACUACAGCGGAUGUUCCAGGAUAUUGGAGUCAGCAAAGAUUUGAAUGAACAGUUUAAAAAGCAUCUGUCCAAUUCUGAGCCACUAGACUUGGAUUUCAGCAUUCAGGUUCUGAGCUCAGGAUCUUGGCCUUUCCAGCAGUCAUGUACAUUUGCUUUGCCAUCUGAGCUUGAAAGGAGUUACCAAAGAUUCACUGCCUUUUAUGCGAGUAGACACAGUGGCCGUAAACUAACAUGGCUUUAUCAUCUAUCUAAAGGGGAGCUGGUCACCAAUUGCUUUAAAAAUAGGUAUACACUGCAGGCAUCCACAUUCCAGAUGGCAAUCCUGUUGCAGUAUAACACAGAAGAUAUUUACACUGUUCAACAACUGACAGACAGCACACAAAUUAAAAUAGACAUACUGGUACAAGUUUUACAAAUCUUGUUGAAGUCCAAAUUACUGGUUUUGGAAGAUGAAAAUGCAAAUAUUGACGAGGUGGAAUUUAAGUCUGACACUUUAAUAAAACUUUUCCUUGGAUACAAGAAUAAAAAACUACGGGUUAAUAUCAAUGUGCCAAUGAAAACAGAGCAAAAACAGGAACAGGAAACUACUCACAAAAAUAUUGAAGAGGACAGGAAACUGCUAAUUCAGGCUGCAAUUGUAAGAAUAAUGAAGAUGAGAAAAGUUUUGAAACACCAGCAACUUCUUGCAGAGGUACUUAACCAGCUCUCCUCUAGAUUUAAACCCAGGGUUCCUGUUAUAAAGAAAUGCAUCGACAUACUGAUAGAGAAGGAAUAUUUGGAACGUGUUGAUGGGGAAAAAGAUACUUACAGCUAUUUGGCUUAAAUUUGGUUAUUUUAUUUUUUGUUUUAGUUUUUUUUCUCCUUUUUUUAAAGUGUCUAAGUAAUACAAGUCAUUCCUUAUGACACUUGGCCAAUGUUGAGAUUGACAGCACAGAAUGGAAACAAAAUGGGAAUGCAUACUGAACCUCUGUUGCAGCGAUUCAGCUGCAUAGCUGAAACCUUCCCUGAAACUCGGAGACUGAGAUAACCUACCAGCCCGUGUCCUAACUUCACAGCUGAACUGCUCAGGAUCAAUAUAUACAUUUUGAUAUGUAAAUAUGGACACAGACCUCUACCCUUGUCUAGAAACAUAAGUGAAUUUAAGCCUUCUGUGUGGGGGGUGCAUGCUACUGCCUAUCUGCAUUAAAACAGCCAUUAAAAUAAAAUAUAUGCUCUAAAUAGCAGUUGCAUUUUAAGGAAAGAGAAAUUAAAAUACAAUUAAACAAAACACUUUAAUUUAUUGAACAGGAUGUUGGCAGCACUUUUCAGAGCGCAUAUUGGAAGUUUGAAUGGGCCCUUAGAUGUGUAAUCAGCAUUGUUAUUUGCUAGAAGAAAACCAUUUGUAUAGUGUGGUUCAUUUUUUAAUGUGUGAUACAAUAAAAAUUAAAGAUUUCUUUA